AUGGGCGACGAAUAUGAAAACAAUUGGUGUCAUGUUCAUGUAUUUACACUCAGAUCAAAUGCAUGGAUUCCAAUGGAGAAGACACCUUAUAAUGUACCAUCUCUUGAAGUACGUGAUAUGUGGCGGCUCCCUGUUAAUGGAGCUCUUCAUUGGAUAUCAUCUCGUAGAGCAGGAAAAGGAAUCACCUCUCAAGUUAUUCUAUCUUUUAAUCUGGAGAACGAAGAAUUCAAAGAGAUGCAAUUUCCUGAAGGACGGAGGGAGUAUAAAACAAACUUGUGCAUCUUAGAAGGAUCUCUUUGCUUAUUUGGUCAUAUUUAUGGGGUCCAAGUCGAUUUAUGGGAACUGAAGAACUUUGGAAUGGAAAAUUCUUGGACUAAGCUCUUCAACAUUGACAUUAAACAGUUUGGGUACAUUGGAUAUCUGAUAUCCUUGUGGCGUUUUGAGAACGGUGAGAUUCUUUUAGGAUUUGAUAGGGAUGGUGGCUUUCAUACAGGUUUGUACAGUUCAGAGCAUCAAACAUAUGAGGCACUUAAGGUCUAUGGUGAUAUGACUUCGUAUUCUCCUUCAACUAGCAUCUACGUAGAAAGCCUACAUUCGCUUCGCAGAGGUACUUAUUUGAUGACAGCGGGAGCAGAAGCAGAAGAGGAAAAAUAUGAUCACAAAAGACUUGGGAAGUGCAGGGAUUUCUUUGCUACGACAGCCUCGGCAGGGCUUUCUUUGAUGCCCAGAUGUAGCAGCGUUUGUCCUCCGGGGAAAGCGCUGGUUCUGGGGAAAGUUUUUCAAGUUUUCUGCAAAAGGAACAUAGGAGAAUGA